UAUAUGAAAUAGACUAGUAUCUAUGGCAUAAAAUUAAAUAGGAUAUUAACCAUUGUGCUUCAGGGCAUAAGUUGGACAACAACUAAGGUCAGAAAAAGAUGUAAUAUAGCUAUUGUUAAGCAGGAUCAGAUUCAUUGUCAGAAUAUCUGCCCCAUUUAUAAGGAAUAAUGCAUUUAUAAGGAAUUCUGUCUGAUCAGGUAACGUGGACCCAAAGAAGUGCUCCAGUUAGGAACCUAUCACUUUAUUGUUACAUUAUCAGGAAGUAUUUUGGAUGUAUAUAGUGAUGAACAGGGAAUUUCACCAAUUAAUAUGGGGCUUACAAGUGGUUCCUGUCCAGUUAGUCUACCAAUGAAAAAUAAAAUUACAGAAGCUGACACCAGAGCGUUGGCAAAAGAGAGACAAAAAAAGGACAAUCACAACCUCAUUGAAAGAAGAAGAAGGUAUAAUAUUAAUUACCGAAUCAAGGAGCUUGGCACUCUUAUUCCGAAGUCUAAUGAUCCUGAUACGCGCUGGAACAAAGGAACCAUUCUGAAAGCAUCCGUGGAGUACAUCAAGUGGCUACAAAAAGAACAACAGCGAGCCCGAGAGUUAGAACACAGGCAGAAGACAUUAGAGCAGGCUAACAGGCGACUUCUACUCCGGAUUCAGGAACUAGAAAUACAGGCUCAUGCCCAUGGUCUGCCAACCCUGGCUUCCCUUGGCACAGUUGAUUUAGGUGCUCACCUCACCAAACAGCAGACUCCUGAGCAGAAUUCAGUAGACUAUUGCUGGCAACUGACUCCAUCUCAGGGGCCAAGCCCCAAGCUCUGUGAUCAAGCUAUUGCCUUCUCUGAUCCUUUGUCACACUUCACAGAUUUAUCAUUUACUGCUGCUUUGAAAGAGGAGCAAAGAUUGGAUGGCAUGCUGCUGGAUGACACAGUAUCCCCAUUUGGAACAGAUCCACUGCUAUCUGCUGCUUCCCCUGCAGUUUCUAAAUCCAGCAGUAGAAGAAGUAGCUUCAGCUCAGAGGAUGGUGAGGAGUUAUAAGAUAUAAACAGGCCCAAUUCAUCAACUGGGAAGCAAUGCUAUGCUGGUACUAUUCAACUAUGUUCGGUGUUUCAUGUAUCGCUUUGACUUAGUUUUCCUUACAAGAAUAUGUUGUUUACAAAAACGUCAUUAGAAACAACAGAAGAAUGCACAGGAAGAAAAAAAUGGCAUUGAAUUAUUGAGGACUAUAUUUGAUAUUUUCCUCUUUUUCUACAGAGUCCAUGUCUACUUACAUUUUGUUUUUCUGGAACGAUGUACAGCAUACGAAAUAUCUCUGUCCCGAUGUUUCUGAUGAAGCAACAUGAUAAUGCACUACUAGAAUGGCCUGUAAAAGUAAACUGACUGAGAUAUACAAUACUUCCCUUAGUCAUUCACAUCUGUAUUCUGCCGUUCACCUUCUACCAUAUGAGUUUUUAAAAAAUCAAGGUCAACAGAUAUGAUGGUUAUUGUCUUUUUCCAUUGUCUGGUGGACAUACCCAAAGUUCAAGUCUUACAGAGAAAAUAAUUAGAAAAUAGAUUAUCUCUCACUUGUAAUUGAAAUGUGAACUUAUCACAAACAUAGGAUUUUUUUUACAAUAUAACAGAAAAUUUAUAAAAACACUGAUUACUAAAAUUAGAUUCUAAUUUCUGUAGUCAGAUUAGUUGCACUAAUUCUAAAAGCAUUCUUUUAUAUUUAUCUCUCUAUAUUCUAUUCAGAAUACUAAGAACAAUUUCUUGAAGAACAUGGCCUACAUUUUAUCAUUUCACACAAACUAUACCCACACAUAAGUAUGCAGUGUGGGCAAUAUUUAUUCUUCUAGUUUUCCAUUCUUCUGAUUAUAUAAUCAGUAUCAGAAAUCACAUUCUGUCAGGUAAAUAUUUAUUUAUUUUUAGUAAAUAAAAUAUAAAAAUGUCCUACUAGGAAAAUUUGUCAGGUAUUUAAUAUUUAUCAUCAUAUCAAAUAUUGGAUACAGAUUAAUUGUUAAUACAGUUUUGUUCCAAAUUGAUAAAAUGUUGAAAAUUGGAUUGCCAACUGGCAAAAAUAAUUAAACAGAAACUGUAUCUUGUUCAGCUCUGAGUGGAGGAUAAAGUUCUAUUCUCUUGAGUAUUUAGAGUACCCUAUAACCUCAGGUUGCUUAGUUGCCAUUUAUCCCAAAUACUUAUAUCUAUAAUACUCGAAAUUUUUGAGCUUGUUUGGGUUUGGGAAUUGGAUUACCAAGCAUGUUGCUAUGUUCUGGACUUCAAUAAAUGAUCUUUUAAUCAAUCAGUACUUAUGAAGGGAUACUGAGAACUGCAGCGGGGCUUUGAAAAUAUUGAACAGAUGAGAAAGAUAUGAUUUUACAUUUUGGCAAGGGUAUGCUUAACAGGACUACAUGAAGUCAUUGUUUUCUACAAAAAGGUAGAAAAUAUGGAAUUACAGUGUAAGCAUAAGCCAUAAAGUAGAGAAGUGCAGAGAAAAUGAAAAUGAAUGACAAAGUCUAGGGAAACAGCAGAAUUGAGUGAGAGGGAAGAAAUAUAGAGGAAUAAUAUCAACCAAAUGAUGAAAAUGAUGAUAAGGUAGGGAGUUAUCUUUAUGAGACAUUCAUGAGAAAGAUUCGGUCAUCUAACACAUGAUGCUUGUUGAGGAGUUGGGGAAAAUGAAAUUGGCAACAGGUUUUGGAGAUCUUUGAAAAUUAGGAUGAAAUGUAGAUAUGAAAAAAAUUUUACUAGAUUUUUAAAAA